UGAAUAAAUAAAGCCCUCCAUGCAGUCUAACAUUAUCUGCAAUUCCAAUGGCCAUCUCUUUACAGAACCUGUGCGUGCUUUUCAUUUCAUUUUUUGUUGUGUUUUCCCCCCUUUCUCUUUCUGUGUCCAAUGCAUGUCCUUCCCAUGAAUCUGAUGCCCUCCUUCGCUUCAAAGCCCCCUUCAAUGACUCUCGCGGCUCACUCUCUUCGUGGGUAAAUGGAACCGACUGUUGCAGCUGGAAAGGCAUAUCCUGCGACAAUCACACCAACCAUGUUGUCUCUGUUCGAUUACUCUUCCUUCACGGUGUCAUAUCUGAAAGCCUGUGCCGACUUCGUUUUCUCACAUCACUGGAGAUAUAUAAUGUAACAGGUACUACCACUCUUCCUCCCUGUUUGGGAAAUCUCACUUACAUGGAAUUUCUACAUUUAUCUUCUAAUGAAUUGAGUGGGAUGAUUCCAUCUUCCCUUUGUUUGCUCACCCGACUUACAUACCUUGAUCUUAGUGAGAAUAUGUUCAAUGGAAGCAUACCUUCCUGUUUGGGCAACCUUUCUUCUUUAACUACGCUUCAUCUUAGUGCCAAUAUGUUCAAUGGAAGCAUACCUUCCUAUUUGGGCAACCUUUCUUCUUUAACUAGUCUUCAACUUGAAUACAACCAACUCAGUGGAAGCAUACCGGCUUCUCUGGGUAAUCUUUCAUCUCUUUCUUAUCUUGACCUUUCCGGGAAUGAAUUAAGUGGGAGUAUACCAGAUUUUCUUGGAAGCCUUUCUUCUUUAAAUGAACUUCACCUUGGAUACAAUCAACUGAACGGUAUCAUCCCAUAUUCCUUGGGCAACCUCUCUUUACUGUUGUCUGUCGGUGUUAGCAAUAACAACCUAACUGGGACCGUUCCCCCUUCAUUUGCUCGGCUUUCCUCCCUCGAUAGUUUCUAUGCUCAUGGCAAUCAUUUCAAUGAAACCAUCUUUCCAUCGUCAUUUCCAGCUUCCUUAAAAGUUCUGACCCUGUCAUUAAAACAGUCGGUUCCAGAAACUUUCUUUAACAACCUUACAAACCUUUGGGGUUUGUCAUUAUCCGAUUGCGUGCUAAAUAUUAGCAAAACCUGGAUUCCACCCUUUCAGUUAUCCCAGUUACAAUUAGUGUCAUGUAUGAUUGACGGUGAAGUUCCACCAUGGCUUUCAACACAAUUCUCGCUUGAAGGGCUGGAAUUAGUUAACACUGGUCUAGUGGGACAAAUUCCCUCUUGGCUAUGUGAAACCAGUCCUAUGUUGCGCACUCUAAAUCUUUCAGGAAAUCAUUUAGAAGGAAGUUUAUUUUUGAAUGCUUCAAUAUGCAUGCACCUAGAAAUUCUAGAUGUGUCUAGAAAUAAAUUGAGUGGGCCCAUCCCAUCUAUGUGCUCUCCUAGUAUGGCAACAUUGACUCUGAGAGACAAUUUGUUCAGUGGCAAUAUUCCUGUGAGUUUGUCCAAAUGCUCUUCCCUCAUAGUCUUAAAUUUGGGAAAUAAUAGUUUGGAAGGAACCUUACCACAUGAGUUCAGUCAGUUAAGUGAAUUAUACUCAUUAGUUGUUCAUAAUAAUAAGCUCAAAGGAUCAUUGCCCUCCUCAAUAGCAAAUUGUUCAGAGUUACAAGUUCUUGAUAUUGGGAAUAAUUUAUUUGGAGAAGAAAUACCAUCAUCACUUAAAAAUCUUUCAAUGCUGAGAGUAUUGGUGAUGAAGGGGAAUAAUUUUACAGGUAGCAUUCCUCCAGAGCUUGGUCAAUUAACGAAUCUUCAGAUUUUACUUCUUUCUUCCAAUAAUAUCUCAGGUCCAAUUCCACACACAAUUGUAUUGUUGCAAGCAAUGAUGAUAGAAAGCCAAGAUGGUUAUCUAUUGUCCAAUCCUAAUACUAAAGAAUUAUAUCAUGAUGGAAUUGAUAUGACUUUGAAAGGCACGGAUCAGCAGUACACAUAUAUUCUUUCUACUCUCACAUGCAUAGAUCUCUCAAACAAUAAACUGGAGGGAGAAAUUCCUUUUAAUUUUGGAAAAUUGAAGGGGUUGAGGCUUCUAAACCUUUCAAUGAACAACUUGAAUGGGACCAUUCCAAAUAGUUUGGGAGAAAUGAGACAGUUGGAGGAACUGGACCUUUCAAGAAAUCAUUUUUCUGGACAAAUUCCUGCAAAGCUUGAAUCUCUAAGUUAUUUGGGCUCACUGAAUUUAUCAAACAACAAUCUUUCAGGAAGUAUACCACAAGGACGACAUAUAACUGGUACAUUUGGAGAAUCCUCUUAUUCAGGGAAUCCAAAUUUAUGGGGCUGCCCCUUACCCCAAAAUUGUUCUUGGCCACAAUUUGUUGCCCCUCCUCCUCUAGUUUUAGUAAACAAAGGAAAGAAAAUCAUUGAAUAUCCAUGGUAUAAGAUAGCAGUGGGACUAUCAUAUGGAGCAGCUUUUGGAGGGAUAAUUUCAUUGAUUGUGUUAAAAAUCAAUUGGAGAAGGAAGUACUUCAAUAAAAUUGAUACAAUCUUGAAGUUUUUAUUUCCAUGGAUGAAGAAUUGGACACUAUGAAGGGAUGGAUCUAUAAUUUAUUGAAAUGUUAGAGGUGAACUCUAGUGUUCCCUAUUGUUUGAAGUAUCUAUCAUAGGUCAAAAUAUUAUAAAGCUAAAAUGUAAAGGAGACUACUAUAAUCUUUUUCAAGACAAAUUUUCAUUGGCUCUUAUAUAUGUAGAUUGUUUAUGUUAUCUCAAAAUUGAAUAAUUAAACAUAUUUUAUUUGUUAUUAAUAUAAAAUUUUGUGUAUAGGAAUUUGUUUA